AUGGCCCCGUCUGCAAAACAAGCCAAGCAAAUACUCAGCAGUUCUGCCUGCACGGCGCACGACGGCCCAGUCUGCGAAACAAGCCAAGCAAACACUCAGCAGUUCUGUCUACACCGCGCACGACGGCCCCGUCUGCGAAACAAGCCAAGCAAACACUCAGCAGUUCUGUCUACACCGCGCACGACGGCCCCGUCUGCGAAACAAGCCAAGCAAACACUCAGCAGUUCUGUCUGCACUGCGCACGAUGGCCCCGUCUGCAAAACAAGCCAAGCAAAUACUCAGCAGUUCUGCCUGCACGGAGCACGACGGCCCCGUCUGCGAAACAAGCCAAGCAAACACUCAGCAGUUCUGUCUACACCGCGCACGACGGCCCCGUCUGCGAAACAAGCCAAGCAAACACUCAGCAGUUCUGUCUACACCGCGCACGACGGCCCCGUCUGCAAAACAAGCCAAGCAAACACUCAGCAGUUCUGUCUACACCGCGCACGACGGCCCCGUCUGCGAAACAAGCCAAGCAAACACUCAGCAGUUCUGUCUGCACCACGCACGACGGCCCCGUCUGCGAAACAAGCCAAGCAAACACUCAGCAGUUCUGUCUACACCGCGCACGACGGCCCCGUCUGCGAAACAAGCCAAGCAAACACUCAGCAGUUCUGUCUGCACCACGCACGACGGCCCCGUCUGCGAAACAAGCCAAGCAAACACUCAGCAGUUCUGUCUACACCGCGCACGACGGCCCCGUCUGCGAAACAAGCCAAGCAAACACUCAGCAGUUCUGUCUGCACCACGCACGACGGCCCCGUCUGCGAAACAAGCCAAGCAAAGACUCAGCAGUUCUGUCUACACCGCGCACGACGGCCCCGUCUGCGAAACAAGCCAAGCAAACACUCAGCAGUUCUGUCUACACCGCGCACGACGGCCCCGUCUGCGAAACAAGCCAAGCAAACACUCAGCAGUUCUGUCUGCACUGCGCACGAUGGCCCCGUCUGCAAAACAAGCCAAGCAAAUACUCAGCAGUUCUGCCUGCACGGAGCACGACGGCCCCGUCUGCGAAACAAGCCAAGCAAACACUCAGCAGUUCUGUCUACACCGCGCACGACGGCCCCGUCUGCGAAACAAGCCAAGCAAACACUCAGCAGUUCUGUCUACACCGCGCACGACGGCCCCGUCUGCGAAACAAGCCAAGCAAACACUCAGCAGUUCUGUCUACACCGCGCACGACGGCCCCGUCUGCGAAACAAGCCAAGCAAACACUCAGCAGUUCUGUCUGCACCACGCACGACGGCCCCGUCUGCGAAACAAGCCAAGCAAACACUCAGCAGUUCUGUCUACACCGCGCACGACGGCCCCGUCUGCGAAACAAGCCAAGCAAACACUCAGCAGUUCUGUCUGCACCACGCACGACGGCCCCGUCUGCGAAACAAGCCAAGCAAACACUCAGCAGUUCUGUCUACACCGCGCACGACGGCCCCGUCUGCGAAACAAGCCAAGCAAACACUCAGCAGUUCUGUCUGCACCACGCACGACGGCCCCGUCUGCGAAACAAGCCAAGCAAACACUCAGCAGUUCUGCCUGCCACUCCAGAGCCGGAGCAAGCACCGCGACGACGGAGGCGACGGCGGACCCCCGCAGCGACCCGCGAGCGGUCCCGCUCGGCGAAAACGCGACCCGCCCGGCUUCUUGCUGCUCCUUUUGCUACGGUCGCGCAUCCUCACUGUGUUACAGCCGUUCUACGUGGGUGGCUGA